AUGGAGCAGCAUGGGUGGAUGGGGCCGCAAGGCCCUGUUCCUCCUCUGCAGUCUUGCAGCAGCAGCAGCAGCAGCAGCUUGCUGCAGCAUCAGCAGCAUCAGCUCAAUACAGACUAUCCAGCAUCAGUAGCAGGCUCUGCUGCUGGUACAACAGCUGGAGAAGCAGCAGCAGCAGCUGCUGCUGCUGCUGCUGCAACAGCAGCAGCAGACAGCAGAGCAUGCCAGAAUUUAUCUGUCUCUUCUCUUAUUGGCGCCUUUGUGCCUCUGCCUGUGCGUCCUCGUGCUGCUGCUGCUGCUGCUGCUGCGUUACCUCCGCUGGUGCGUAUUGUUGCGGUGUCUGCGCUGCUGCCAUCUCCAACCUUCUGCUGCAGUCGUGCUGCCUCUCACGCGGAAGCAGCAGCAGCAGCAGCAGAUGCAGCAGCAGCAGAGGAAAAAGCAGCAGAAGCAGCAGAUGCUGCUGAUGUUGAUGGGCUAAGGAGAGACAGUUGUGUCUCUACACCUCGAGACAGACUGCAUGAGCAGCAGCAGCAGCAGCAGCAGCAGCAGCAGCAACUGCAGCAGGACAGGACGGUGUUAGGUGCUGCUGGGGUGGAUCCAGCAGACGGCAAUGCAGUAGAAUCUGCAGCAGCAGCAGCAGCAGCAGAUCCGCUGCAGCAUACGGUGUCUGCGACCUUGACAGAGGAUUGGUUUCAACGAGGAGAUGGUGCUGCUGCUGCUGCUGCUGCUGCAGCAGCAGCAGCAGCAGAAGGUCCAGGUGCUGAGGGUCCUUUUGUUUAUGCUGCAGCAAUUCAUGAUUGUAAAAGUUUCUGCUGCAGCAGCAGCAGCAGCAAAAUGCAUGCAGCGCUGCGUCGUUGUGUCUUCUUGCUGCAGAUACCAUGGCAGCUGUCUGUACACUGCACAGAUAAAGCAGCAGCAGUGUCCUCGCUUGCUGCAGCAGCUGCUGCUGCUCCCCUUGCUGCUGCAUCUGUUGCUGCUGCUGCUAGCUGCAGCAACAGCAGCAGCUGGGACAGCCAGCUGUCUCCUUGCUGCAGCAGCAGCAGCAGCGAUGACUUCUUGAGGACAUUGCUUGCCCCUGGUGGGGGACGGCUGCCUUGUGAGAUCCGCUGUGUGCCGCUGCUGCCUGCUGCUGCUGCUGCUGCUGCUGCUGCUGCUGAGUGUGACAGCAGCAGCAGCAGCAGCAGCUCGCAGCACUCAACUCGCCGUCUCAGCAGGGGCAGCAGCAGCAGCAGCAGCAGCAACAGCUUGCUAUCUCAGUCUUCUAUUAGGGGUGCUCUAUCGCAUUCAAAGCAUACUCCUCCUACUUCUGCUGCUGCUGCUGCUGCUGCAGUGCAGCAGCAGCAGCAGACCAGUGUCUGCAGUCCCCUAUCAGCGUCUGCUCUGCCGCUGCUGCUGCAGGAUAGCUGCAGCAGCAGCGUUUGCUGCUGCAAGCAGUUUCCGUAUCCACCAGAGGGCAGCUGUUUGCGGGGUGCUGCUGCUUGUUGCUGUUGCUGCAACAGCAGCAGCAGCAGCAGCAGCAGCAGCAGCACGAGGAGGCGUGUUCGCGUGCUGCAGCACGCCCGUCUCCUUUGCUGCUGCCAGCAUACCGAUUUCAUAGUUAAUGCCUCGCUGCAGGGGCCCUCUGCUGUGUCUCCUUUGCUGCUGUUUGCAUGCAGCUGCAGCAGCAACACGUAUAUAUGGUCAAUGCAAUCCCCUGUGCUGCUGCAACUCUGUGGGCGUAUCUCCUUGCCACCCCUCCAACAGCAGCAGCAGCAGCAACCGCAGCAGCAGCAGCAGCAGCAGCAGCACUAUAAGUUUGCGCUGCUAGAGAGCGACGAGAGACAGCUGCAGCACUCUCUCGUUGCCUUUGGCUUACCUGCUGCUUCUCCUUUUGCUGCUGUCCCCCGCAUGCAUGUGCUAUUUGUAUACUUGCCAUGGUCGCAGCAGCAGCAGCAACAGCACCAGCAGCAGCAACAGCAACAGUGUAUAGUGGGGGCAUUUAUGAUAGAUGGGUUAGCAAGAGGGGCAAGAGGACUGCCGCUGCUGCAGCAGGUAGCAGCAGCAACAGCAGCAGCAGCAAAUAUUCCUCUCUCUUCUUUUCAUAUCGAAAAUAUCACUGAGAUUGUACUCGCUGAGCCUAACCUAUGGAGUGACAUGAUGUGGGUAACUGUCUCCUCUUCUUCUUCCCUAGAUGGUCUCCUUGCGGGGGGAGGUGCUGCUCUUGGUGCUGCAGUGUAUGCUGGUUAUCCCCUUGCUGCUGGAGGAACUGCAGCAGCACCUCCGCUGCUGUCUCCUUCACCUCCUCCCGGCAGCAGAUCAGCAGCAGCAGCAGUGUCUGCUGCUGCUGCUGCAGCAGGACAGGAGACGCAGCAACUGUUGUGGGGAGCAUUAAGCGGUUUUCUUUCUUGUAUAAUCCCUCCUUGCCGCAUGCGCGUCAUUACUGCUUAUGGGGAUGAGCUGCUGCUGCUGCUUUCUCCUGUGCUGCUGCGGCUGCAGCAGGAAGGCAGCAGCAGCAGCAGCACCAAAUUGCUGCAGGUGCGCUAUGGAGUCCGGUGUCUCGCGAGCACUUCGCUGCUCACUGAGCUGCCGGCACUACGUUGCUUUUGCAGCGAGCAGCAGCAGCUGCAACAGCAGCAACAACAGCAGCAGCGCUCAAUAGAGGACCUAGGGGUGUUCAAAGGAGACACAGAAACCCUUAGCGGCAGCAGCAGCAGCAGCAUGGAGACAGACGACAGUAGCAGUCCCUCUCUUAGAGGCGGAGACACUCCUACAGCAGCAUUAGCAGCAACAGCAGCAGCUGACACAGAAGACCCUUCAGCAGCAACAGCAGCAGCAACAGCAGCACAAGGAGGGCUGCUGCUGCGGGGUAUCUCCUCGCUGCCGCAGCAAGCACUAGAUGCAGCAUGGACGGCAGAGACAGGUUUGCUGCUGCUGUGGGCAAGCGAAGGCCUAAGAGGGGGAUUGUCCCCGAUCCUGUCGCUGCAGUCUGCUCCGCUGCAGCAGCAGCAGCAGCUGCUGCUGCAGCAGGAUCUGCCACUAGGUUGCUGCAAUAGCGAGGUGUCCUCUACAAUGCCUAAAGUCUCUUGGGCAGCAUUCCUCCCCUCAUCGUUUCUUGCCCUGCUGCAGCAGCAACAGCAGCAGCAGCUGCUGCAGCUGCAGCAGCAGAGCGUGCACCAGCAACAAAAUGAGGAGAGAAUUCUGCUGCCCCCCACAGGACGAUUGCCGCUGCUGCUGUGCGCAGCAGCAGAUGCCCAGCAGCUGCUGCUGCUGCAGGUUGACACUGCUUCAUCGGUGCUUGGGGUGCAGCAGCUGCAGCUGCUGCUGCAGCAGCAGCAGCAAGAGAAGCAAGACCUCUUCCCUGGUCUGAAUAUGGAGGCUGUGGCAGCUCUGUUUGGACAGCAGCAGCAGCCGCGCUACACGCACUUGCAGCAGCAGAAGCAGCAGAAGCAGCAGAAGCAAGCGCUGCUUCUUGCUGCUCAAGUCGUGGAGCUGCCUGUCCCCGUAGCCUUGCCUCAGGCAGUAACUUCCGUGCUGCUGCUGCUGACGGCGGCGCUUCCCGCUGCUGCUUCUCCUAGGCAGCAGAAUGAGCAGCAGCAGCAGCAGCAGGUCGACCGUGUCCCGUGGCUUCUUGCCUUUGCAGUCGACUCACGCUGCUGCCUCGUACCGCAUCAGAAGCCGGUGCAGGAGCUGCAGCAGCAGCAGAAGCAGUCUACCGCUGCCGUAGGCUUAGGCCUAUUCCUGGUAGGAGCCUGGAGAGACACGCGCUGCACUGCAGCAGCAGCAGCAAGAGAAGCAGCACAUGCAUCACCGUGGAGCAGUUGUACGUUUAUUAGAGAGGGGCACCAGCUGCUGCUGCAGCAGCAGACAGCUGCUGCUGUCUUGACACCCGAACGUGUUCUUAUAGCUUCGCCGCUGUGGCUGCAGCAGCAGCAGCAACAGCAGCAGCAGCAAUCGAUGACAGGCAGCGAUCCCCUGGGACUGGUGCUGCCAUCAAGGCAGCAGCAUGCGUGGCCUGCAGCAGAAGCAGCAGCAGCAGCAGCAGCAGCGUCGAAGCAUUCGUUUGUGUAUUGCCUGCGUCUGUUAGCUUCACCAGUUGGCAGAGUUGCUGCAGCAACCAAUGCAGCAGCACCACCAGCAGCAGCAGCAGAAGUGCGCCUGCUGGCAGCUGCAUGCAUCCCUGGGGAAGAAGGCCGUGUGUCUGCUGUGUCUUUGCUGCCUGAUAGUUUGGUGCUGCAGUGCAGCAGAACUUCUGCUGCUUUUGUUUUCUCUCUUCGUGCCUUGCCGCUGCUGCUGCCUCCUUCAGCAGCAUGCGGAGGCAGCAGCAGCAGCAGCAGCAGCGAGCAGACAGUAAACGACUCGGAGCUUAUAGGGCUCCUCUCGCUGCACCCUGACGCGUGUCUGUCUCCUGUGUUGCAGCAGCACGUUGGAGCUGCUGCUGCUGCUGCUGAUGCUGCGCCCAGAGGCAGAGCAGCAGGAGACGUUUCUUCGUGCUGUCUUGCAGAUGGCCGUUUGGCUGUCCUCGUAAAGUCGCAGCAGCAGCAGCAGCAGCUUAGCUCCGCUGCUGCUGCUGCUGCUCCAUAUGAUCAUGUUGUAGUUUAUGUACAGGACAGAGUUGCUGCUGCGGCAGGCAGGACAGCAGCAGAUAAUUGGAUAUGUGUCUUUGCUGCAGCGCGUGGCAAGAGCAGCAGCAACUGCACCAGCACAAGCAGCAGCAGCAGCAGCAGCAGUCCUGUCUGCGUCUAUGAUGCCUGGUGGUCAUACGAUGGGUCUUUGUUGGUUCAAAUGGAAGCAGCCGAUGCAGUAGAAAGCAGCAGCAGCUGCAGCAGCAGCUGCAGCAGCAGCUGCAGCAGCAACAGCAGCAACAGCAGCAAGUCUUUCUUCUGCUUCCGACAGCUGUCUGGUGAGCUCCUUGCUGCAGCAAAGGGACUUAUUCCGUUGGCGCAGUCUCCUGCAUGCGCUGUGUGGGGCCCCGCGUCUGCUGCUGUCAUUGCUGCCUACCGUGCAGCAAAGGAGGCAGCAGAGCAGCAACAGCAACAGCAGCAACAACAAGAGCAGCGCGUGCAUGCGAUGACAGCUGCAGCUGCAGCUAUCGAUGCGGCGAUUGCACGGGCAAAGCAACAGCAGCAGGAGCAGCACGGUGUUGCUGAUCCGCAGCAGCUGCAGCAGCAGCUGGAGCAACAGCAGCGCGAGAUGCUUGCUGCUGUAGCCCAAACAACACGAAAUCAUGGAGGCUGCUGCCUGUACACCCCAGAGGUGCUGCAGCAGUUGCUGCGCUGCGGCUACACUGCAACAGUGCGCUGGUUGCUGCUGGUGCUGCUGCGCUGCCUUGCAGCUGUGGGGCUGUCUACCCGCCUGCAGCAUCUGCAGCAGCAGCAGCAGCAGCAGCAAGGGAGAGUAGCACGAGGAUCAUCGUUGGACUUCUCCCUUAGUCUAGAGUCUUUUGGGCAGGAGCUGGGGAUAGAAACUGCAGCAGCAAGUGCAGCAGCAGCAGCAGCAGGAGAGGGAGAGCCUCGCUGUUGCGCAGUAUGCGGAACCACCAUCCCUCCAGCAUCAGCAGCAGCUGUAGGCGAUGGCGCUGCUGAUGCUGCUGCUGCUGCUGCUACCGCUGCAGUUUGCUCCGAAUGCGAACCUAAGGCAGGCUGCGAGCUAGCGCAGCUGCUGCAGCAGACAAUGGCAGCAGCAGCAUGUCUGCUGACGGAUCUAUUUGCGCAGCAGCAAGCAGCAGAACAUCAGCAGCAAGUAGCCCAGCAUCAGGACCUUACUCCAGCCGAGCAGCAGCGGCUGCUGCAGCAGCGCCGCUGCUGGCCAAAGAACCCUGCGGUGUAUGUGCAAUGGGCACGGCGGUGUCUCCCUGCAAGUAUGCAUCCGUCUCCCGCUAUUGCUGCAGCAGCAGCAGCUGCUGCUGCUGCUGCUGCCACUGCUUCUGAUUGCAAGGAGGGGCAGGUGGCGUCUGCUGCUGACGAUGAGCAGCAGCAGCAACAGCAACAGGGGGCUUGGUUGGAUACUUUUGGUGGGGGUGUGGGGCAGUUUUCUGCUUAUCUGUCAGCAGCAGCAUCAGCAGCAGCAGGAUCAGCAGCAGCUGCAGCAGCAGCAGCAGCAGAAGACCGAUCUGCUGCUUUCUGCCUCUUUGGGUCUAAGGAGAAUUCCUCUGACGACGAUCCGUUCGAUGUAAGAGAAUUGUUAGGCUUCAGCAGCAACGCAGCAACAGAGGAGACAGCAGCAAAGGAUACAGCAGCAAAGGAUACAGUAGUAGAGGAUAUAUUAGCAAAGGAUGCAGCAGGAAAUGCCACAGCAGCAGAAGCUGGAGGGAAUCAGGACCUCCCCGCACACAGUCUUGCUGCAGCAGACGAAGCAGCAGCAGCAGCUGCUGCUGGUGCAGCAGCAACAACAACAGCAACAGAUUUAACAACACCCAGUGCUGCUGCAGCAGUUCUUAUGACACCUGUUCGUGCUACACUAACAGAUGAAGAAUACGGUUUGCUGCUGCAGUUGCUGCUGCUUCCCUUACCAGGUCUUGCACUAUCGCCGCAGCAGCUGCUGCUGCUGCGUUGCCUUAUACGAGCACUGCAACAACUGGAACAGCAGCAGAACUGCAGCACAAGAGCAGCUGCUGCAGCAGCAGGUUUGGCUGCUGACUUUCCUGCUGCUGCUGCCACUGCUGCUACUGCUGCAGCUGCUGCUGCAGAUGCUGCUGCUGCAACGCGGCUCGGCGCCACAGAAGCAGAGCAGAACGAUGUAGAAGCUGCUGCUAGGGCUGUCAGUGCAGCAGCAGCAGCAGUAGCAGCAGCAGCAGAAGGCAUCUCGCAGAGCUGCAGCACCGACAGCAGCCGCCAGCGGUUCUACACCUCCUUGCUCGUGUUGCGGGAGGCGGAGGUUGCGGUGUCUGAGGAGGAUCAGCAGCAACUUUACGCGCAGCAGCAGCAGCAGGCGAAGGGUCCACUAUAUUCGUCUCUUUCUCCUAGUAGUUAUGUUUCGUCCGUUAGGCAUCCGUUAUCACCAAGUUCUGCUGCUGGUGGUGCUGCGGGUCCUGCUGCUGCUGCAGCAGUGCCAGCUGUGCCUGCUGCAGCACUUCUGAGCAGCGAAGAUAUCUGCUGGUGUCUGCAUGCAGCAGCAGAAGAAGAUCUGCUGCAGCAAGUCGUGCAGCAGGCGCGAGCAGCACACCCUGAAGGCCGCCUUACUUGGCCCCUCCUUCGUCGGCGUGGCGUUGGCUUCUGGCUGCGCAGCCCUUCGACUGUCCGCCAGCUGUGCGAGCUGCUGCUGCAGGAUGCAGUGAAAGCAGCAGCAGCAGAGCAGCAACAGCAGCAGCAACAAGGGGGAUUAUGUCUCAAGGGACUGGCCGAGACAUCAAGUCCUUUCAAGCCUGCAAGCAGCAGUGCUGCUGCUGGGCCCCACCAGGCUGCUUCGUCUGCAGCAGCAUCAGCAGCAGCAGCAGGCAGUGCUGGUGACCUAGUUGCCUUAUGGGCAGCAGUUAGCGGCAAGAAGGGCCUCAUCGUUGCCUCCCUCAAGGCGCAAGGAAACGCAAAGGCUGCUGCCUUCUUAACAUCUGCUGCUAUUGAUGCUCGAUGGAGAGCAGCAGCAGAGAAGAAUGGAUUUCAAUUGUUAACUCAUCGCCGCUGUUGCAUGGCGUUGGCCUUCUUUUCUCUUGCUGGAAGCUAUAGAGAAAUAGCUGAUGUCUGCUGCAGGGUGCUGAAAGACACGCAGCUUGCCCUCUUUCUCUGCAGAGUUGGUGCUGCUGUCUCCUCGCCUGAGUCUCCUCCCUUGGGGACAGACUCGCAACCAUGGGGUGGUCAGCAGCAGCAGGAGCAGCGGCAGCAACAGGUGCUGCUGCCCUCUGCCGAUGCAGCAGAUGGAGCAGCACCACCGGCAAAACCUGCUGCUGAUGCAGAUGCUGGUGCUCCUGCUCCUGCUGCUGCGCAGGCAGCAGACAUGCGUGGAGGCCUUCCCCCGUCUCCCCUGGCCUUCGAUGGGUCCCCUGCUGCUGAGUACCGCAGGGUGCUGCUGCAGCGGCUGCUGCCGCAGGCAGAAGCAGCAGGGGACAUAUGGUUGCGUUUCUUGUGCUAUUGGCUAGCAGGGCAUUACACCCAAGCCUUUGAGGCGUUACUGCCUCCCUAUGCAUGUGCGCAGCAACAACAACAGCAGCAACAGCAGCAGCAACAACAGCCCCAGCAGCAGCAGCAACAGCAGCAGCAGCAUGAAGUUCUCCCCUUCAACCCGCGCACAUAUUUGCAGGGUAUUGAGCAGCACCAGCAGGGGAGGCCGUUGUGGGGCGGUGCAGCGGACGGUGCAGCACUACCAACAGCAACAGCAGCAGCACAGGAGGAGGGAGUGUAUGAGGGAGGGUGCUGGAGGGUCUCUUUGCCUUCUUUGUCUCUUUCUUUAUUUCGAUUGGCAAUUAGGCAAACUCUGCCUGUGCGCAGAGCGCAGCAAACGCACAAGGAGAAGCACCUGCAGCAGCAGCAGCACCUGCUGCAGCAGCAGCAGCAGCAGCAGCAGGAGUCUUUCCUGGAUCCUUUCGCUGGGCCUGAGGACAAGAGCAGCCUGAACAUAUUCAGCCGAAGGAGCAGCAGCAAUAGCAGCAGCAGCAGCAGCAGCAGGCAAUGGGGGAGCCCAGCUGAUGGUGCAUGCACCAGCAGCGGUAGGGUCCCUUGGAGAGACAGUUUCUCUGUACCUCUUCUUGAGCUGCAAAGAACAGGCAGCAGCAGCAGCAGCAGCAGCAGCCCGCAUAAGUGUCGCAUUUGCUGGUGGGGUUUUGUGGACCCAGCAGGUGCAGCAGAGAGCGAUAUGUACAUGCUGAGCUGCCUGUACACCCGAGAGAGGCAGCCUUUCCUUGCUGCUGUUGCUGCUGUGUCUCUUUUGUCUCUAAGAGCAGCACGGCAGGCCGCUUCAAAAGUCUUAGGGGAUGAUACAGCAGCAAAUGGUACCUCUCCUGCUGCUCCCCUGCAGCAGCAGCCACUGCUGCCAGACGCUGCACUGCCUACUGUGUGGGGUGCUCUGCAUGCGUUUGCUGCUGCUGCAGCGCAGCCGCUGCUCUGUGCUUCUUCUAGUCUGCAGCAGCAGCAACGGCAGCUAGUUGGGCCCGCACCAAAUGUGACGAGUCUCCUUGACCUCCAGCCAAGUCUCCUGCUGCUGCUAACUGCGGCCGCCUGGCGGCCAGCUGCUUCUGCAGCGGAGAGCAGCAACAACAGCAGCAACACCAGAAACGGCUACACUGUCGUCUCAGCGCUUCAAGGCUUCGCACCAGACAGCCAACAGCAGCAGUUACAUCAGCACGAGCAGCUGCCACUGCUCGACCGUCAGCAGCACCAGCGGCAGCCGGAGGGUCUACCGUCAGAAGCAGCUGAGAAUCCUUUGCUGCUGCUGCUUGCUUCUCUAGAGAAGAGCAUUGAGCUAUACAGCCAAGCCGCGUUGCUGUUGCUGCCGCCGCUGCUCUCGGGGUUGAACAGCAACAGGAGGGCGCUACUGUCACGAUGUUUGCUGUCUCCCUGCUGCAGUGCAGCGGCCCCUUCUUCGCCAACAGCUGCAGCAGCAGAAGCAGCAGCAGCAGCAGAAGAGCUGCAGGAGGCGCUGUAUCUGCCACGGGAGCUGCCGCCGCAAGAUUGGCCCUGCAGCAGACUUGCUGCUGCGUCCUUGGCGUGGAGGCGACAAUCCAGCAGCAGCAACAGCAGCAAAAAGACCCAGGAGCAGCAGCUGCAGCAGGCAGUCUCGCGCUUGUCGCUUUUGCUGUGUGGCUAUGCUGCUGCACCGUUUGCUGCUGCCUCAGCAGUCCAGAGCAACAAGAGGAGCAGCAGCGACAGCAGCAGCAGCAGCAGCAACGAUGACCACGCUGCGCUGCAGUUGCAGUGCCCGCUGGCAGUUCAUGCUGCAUUGUUUGACCUGCUGCAGCAGCUGCAGCAAAUGCAGCAGCAGCAACAGCAGCAGCAACGUGGGCCGCGUCGUGUUUCUGCCGCCGCAGCAGCAACAACAGCAGCUGCAGCUGCAGCAGCGGCAAGGAGUGCCGCCUCUCCCUCUUCCUCCACAGCAGCGCUAGGCUCUGCAGAGGCAGCAACAUUAGGAGGGACACCCGAAGAGACGGACGGCGUGCUGCUGUCUGUCUCCUCGUUGCUGCUGAAGUUAUCUUACGGGCAACUGCUGGCAGCAACAGACGCUGCAGCAGAGGCCCGCAGGGUUGCUGCUGCCACAGCUGCUGUGCUGCAGCAGCACCAGCAUCAGCAGCAUCACCAGCAGUCGCAGGAGCAGCAGCAAUUAGAGUGGCCUUGCAACUUGUCUGUUGACUUGGCGGGACUCACAAGACACCCUGUCUACACCUGUCCUGCUGCUGCUGAUGUUGAAGAUAAUGAUGAGGCUUACAAAUUCUGCACGCCGCUGCUGCUGCCGCUGCUGUUGCAAUUGCUGCGCGACACCCUGGAGAUGCCAUCUAUACACCCCAAAGUGCUGUGUGUCCCUGCGCUAUAUUGCUGUCUUACAUCGUGCGUCGGCGAGCUGCAGCAGCAGCUGCAGAAGAACUGCUGCCGCUGUUGCAGCUGCAGCAGCGGGUCCAACUGCGGCGGCAGCAGCAGCAACAGCAACGGGUGCAGCUGCGUUGAUGGCGCCCUGUCGCUGCUGGAACUGCGGCGGCUGUACAGCAUUGCUGCUGUUUGCUGCUGCGGCUUGCUGCUGAGCAUAGUUGCUUCGAUGCCUUCAGUCUUCUCUACCGAUGCCGGUUUGCUGCUGCAGCAGGCACCCUCUGCAGCAGGAGCAACCGGAGCAGCAGCUCCAGCUGUACCUCCAGAAGGGGUCGCCACACCACGCAGAAGCAGCAUCAGCAGCAGCAGCAGCAAGUACCAAGCGGCCGGUCCACCACGAGCGAACAGCUGCAGCAGCAGCAACAGCGGCAGCAGCAACACACACUGGGAAGAAGACAAGAUGUUGGUGCUCGUACACCAGGCGGCGACAGUGUUGCAGCUGCUUCUCUCCCGGCCGCGAUGUGUGCUACUGCAGCAGGAUGUGCUGCAUGUGCUGCACCAGUUGUUGCAGCCCCGAUGGGUUCUCCAUGCUAGUGUAGGCGCUGCAGUUGGUGCAUCAAGAGGGCGAGUAGCAGCAGCAGCGGCAACGUCUGCUCCUGCUUUUGCCCUUGCUGCGUGUGUUGCAGUUAAAAUGCUUGAAUUUAUUAUUGACGUACUUGGCAACAUACAAACAGAAGCAAGGCGGACAGCGGUGGCACUGCGAGCGCAGCAGGGAUUCCUGCAGCUGCAGCAGCGGCAGCAGCGGCAGCAGCAGCAGGAGCAGCAGUAUUUGGCGAGACCCAGUGCAGGGGGAAGCUUACAGUUUAACUCUUGCGCGAGUAUUAUGCAGGGCGGGCAAAUAUCCCUCUCCUCAGCAGCAGCCACAGCAGCAACAGCAGCAGCAGCAGCAGAAGAGGCGCAUUCUAUAUGUGGAAGCUUGGCCUGCUUAAGCAGUUCUUUGGUGGAGUUUUUAGGAACGCAGCUGCGGCCCGUGUUUAUGAGGGCGCUGCUGCCUGCUGCAGCAGGGCUGCUGCCGCUGCUGUGGUGCAUGAACAGUCAUGCUCCAUCAGCAGCAGAAGCAGGAUCAGCAGCAGGAGUAGCAACACCAUCAGGAGCAGCCGCAGGGAAGAGGUCAUCCAUGCUCCGAGCAGCGGCAGAGAGCUGGGGAGGGGAAGGGUUGGGGUUGCUCUGGAGUGAUCUGUGCUGCUGCCGCAGGUUGCAGUGGGCGCUGCAGCAGACAUCCUUCCUCCCGCUGCAGCAGCCGCCAUCUGCUGCCUUGGUGCGGCCGCUGCUGCACCGAGACGCUCUUGUGCAGGCUGUAAGGCAUCUGGCUAGUAGACAGAAUCGAACUCAGCAGCAGCAGCAGCAGCAGCCCCACGAACAGGAGCUACAGCUGCCGCUACAGCUGCAGCAGCAAGAACGACAUCAUCAUCAUCACCACCAUGGACAACAGAACAGUCAUCAGCACUCUGCAGGGCAUGCGCAAGGCCCUCGUAUGGAAGCGCAUGAACUGCAGCAGCAACAACAGCAGCAUCAGCACGGCAACCCUGUGCAGAAGGAGCAUCAGCAGCAUCAGCACGAGUCCGACGCUGCAGCUGCAGAAGCAGCAGCAGCAGACAGGCACGCAGCCACCCCGUCUUGCCACAGCCCCACACCCAAAGGUUCCAGUAGGCGCUUUAGCAGCUGUUUCCCUCCUCAAGAAAAGGGCCAGCUGCACCAGCAGCAGCAGCAGCAGGAGCGGCAGCUGCAGCAAGUAAUAUCGAGUCAUUUAGCGGAACACAUGCUAGCAGCAACCCCGAUGCCAGCCAUUCCCGUUGUUGCCGCUGCUCUCUUCCCAGGCUGCAUCCUUCAGGCUGCAUGCAGCAGCAACAGCUGCAGUAACGCCUUCGAAGUCAUCCGGCAAAGCCACAGUUUGGGGCCGCUGAAGCGGCAGCAGCAGGAGCCGCUGCAGCAGCAGCAGGAGCAGGAGCAACAGGAUGAAGCCAGCAUGGCAGCUUUAGCCGCCUUUGGUCGGGAUUGGGCCAUGCUGCCUGUUGCUGCGCUGCUUGGGCCGGUGAUAGCAGCCAGCAGUAGCAGCAGCAGCAGCAGGCACAGCAGCCCUGCAGGCCUCGCAGUAUCAGGGGAGGUUGUUGUAAGUGUAUGUACACCUGAAGGGCCUCCUAGGGGUAUCCGAGCUCUUUCUUUACCGCCUUCUCUAUUGGGGCUUGCCAAUCACGAGAGCAUGCGUUCUGCUGCUGCCCUUGCCGCUGCUGCUGCUGCAGCGGAAGCUCGCUUCGCAGACGUGGCGAGGCUUGUCAAGUACCAGUCGCUACAACAGCAACACCAGCAGCAGCAGCUGCUGCAGCUCCCCCUGAUGACGGAUGCAUGCGGGCCUGGUGGUGCGUUUCCUUACUUACUGAGCUCCCGCCGGCCUCUGUUUGCUUCGAAGUCAGCAGCAGCACCAGCAACAGGAGCAGCAAGCCCUGCAGGAGGAGCAGUAACAUCUUCCAUCAGUGUUACACGGGAGAACAGCUAUGACCGCGAGCAGCAACGGCACCAGCACCACAAGCAGCUGCAGCUUCAGCAGCAGCAGCGGCACCACCACCACCACCACCAGCAGCAGACCUGUGUUACAUCUCUAGCUGAGUGGGUGGGGUUGUUGUUAUCUCGAGAUGUAUCCCUAUACACCGUAACUCAGACCUCGCGGCUUUGUUCAUACUCCCGUUUGCUGGCGCGCGUCACUGACAGCAGCAGCAGCAGCAGCAGCAAUAGCAACAACAGCAGCAAGAGCAACCUUGUGUUUCCUUAUGGAAUAUUUUCGCCUUUGUCGUCAAUGCGUGCUGCAUUUGAGUUUACGGGUGUUGUUGCUGCUCACCCGUUCCUUCCUGUCUUCGCCGUAUUGCUGCGAGCAUCGCAGCAGCAGCAGCAACAGCAGCAGCAGCAGGGCGGCCCACCAGUCCUGACCCCGGUGCUUCGUUCUUUUGGUUUGGGGGCUCGGAGCCUGCCGAGGGGUCCCUCUGCGGCUCCUUCUGCUGCUCCUAUUGUUGCUGCUCCUGCAAAUUCAGCAGGUCCUUCUGACACCACUAGUGCUGCUAGUGCUGCGUAUGCGCAUGCAGCUGCAGCUAACUCUGCUGCGCCUCCUUCGGCAGCAGCAUCGGAAACAAGCGCGGCAGGAUUUCAACGCCUGGACACCUUAGAACGGCCACCAGCAGAAGUGCAGCAGCAGCAGCUGCUGCUGCAACAGCAGCAGCGACAGCAUUCAGGGAAGAGGGGGCUACAGACGUUGCCGCUUCUGUUGCGUUUGCAGCAACAGCAGCCGGCUGGAGCAGGUGCAGCAGCAGCAGCAAGCCAAGUAACAUGUGCUGCCUGGGUGCCUCAAGGAGAUAGUCUCCUUGUGUCGGACUCCUCUGGCUGGGCAUUUCUCUUCUGCCUCCUUCGAGGUCCUCUUCUGUCUCCUUCUGUAGUGGCUGAGGCUGUGAGUGCCUCUGCUGCUGCUGCUGCAGCAAGGGCGGCUGCAGCAGACAGUAGCACGGCAGGCAUAAGCAACAGCAACAGCAGCAACAACAGGAACAGCCGUGGCGGGCAUGAACUGCAGCAGCAGCGUGCAUGCAGACCUGCGGUCUGCUGGAAGCCCCACCACAUGACGCAGCAAAUUGCAGCAGCAGACGGCAGCGGGGCCUUCGCAAUUACGUUAGGCAUCGGAGUGCCACAGCAGCUGCUGCAGCAGAACACCUCGCUAAUUGCUGGUGCUGCUGCUCCUCGCAGCCUACUGCAGCGGCUGGGAUCGGGAGAGACGGCCUGCGACGAUGCAGCAGCGCCCCUUGCUGCUGGCUGCAACUACAGUAGCAGCAGUAGCAGCAGCAGCAGCAGCAAAGGGGGUAACUGGAAGGAAGGACGCGGGAAAAAGAGGCCUUUAAAGCUGUUCGGUCAAGCAAAAGAGGGAUUUAUGUCGCGGGUGCUGCACUCGCGCCUCUUUGGCCCCAAGUUUCCUGCUGCUGCAGCAUUGCAGCAGCAACAGCAGCAGCAUCAGCGGCGGAACGCAUCAACCGCCCCAGCAGCACCCCUCGUUGGGGGGGCCCUUCGUGCCCUCUCGUGGAGGGCACGCGCCUUCAGGGUCUCUGCAAGGGGCCCCCGCGGCAUCUUGAAGGGUUUUGGAGGCCCUAUUUCGGCUGGGGGUGGCUCGAAGGCAGCAGCAGCAACAGCAGCAGCGGUAGGAAAGCACUCACAGAAGCAGCAGCAGCAACAACAACAAAUGCAGCAACAGCAGCAGGAGCAGCAGGAAGGAGGGGGCGACGAGGACGCCUGGCUGGACUCGACCAGCUGGGCUGCGAGUUUGUGGGGACUUGGAAGCAUUACUGCAGCCGAUAUGGAGGCAGGGAAGCGCUCAGGUGUAUGUACACCUGAUGGAGCCCCACGCUGCAGCAGCAUGCCAUCAAUUGGGGGGCCCUGUCUCUGUGUGUGGCAGCUGGCAGGCGUGGGGCCCGCGGGGGCACCUCGCCUGGUGUCUGUCAUCACCUGCGACGACUUGCUGCACACGCGAGCUCGUCUUGCUGCUGCAGCUGCGCCUCCUACUGCAAGAACAUCUAAAAAGCAAGCAGCAGCAGCAGCAGCUCAAGGAGGUUGCAGCACGUGGUCGAUUGAGGCAACGCACACCCCCACGUGCUUCUGCUUGGCAGUGCUGCAGGAGGGUCCAGCUUGCUGCAGGCCAUGUCUUGCUGCUGCAGCGGGAUGUACAGGCAGCUGCUGCAGUGGUGACUUGACAGCAACUUGCUGCGGAGGUAGUUGUGCUGCACUACGCUGCGUCGUAUACGGAGAUGAAGAAGGCACAGUGCAUGCAGUUGAUUUGGGACUUGAAGAAGAAGUGCUGCGAUGGAGUGCACACAAAGGAGCUGCUUUAUUGUCUCUUUCUGUCUCCCGAGCAUGCAGCUGCAGCAGUGCUGCCCCGGAAGUAUGGCUUGUUACUGCUGCCUCAGCUGCAGGUAACAGCAGCAACAGCAGCGGAGGGUGUGGUGGUGGGGAUAUGGUGCUGCGCUGCUGGUCGGUUGUGGGGCUAGGAGAGGGGGGCCCCGUACUGCUGCAUCAGCUUGAUGUCAGUGCAGCAGCAGUAAUGCCUCGGGGUUUGUCUGCUUCCUGGUCUGGCCGCGGCAGCACAGCAUCAACAGCAGCAACAACAGCAACAGCAGCAACAGCAGCAACAGCAUCAGGGGCUGGGUCUUCGAAUGCCCUCUCGCGCCUUCUCGGCACCAGCAAAGGAGACGGCAGAGACACCCGAAGAGGUGAUAACAGCAGCAAGACAGCAGCAGUGUUUCAGUUGGGAGGGCGCAGCAGCCUGGUGGUCGAAGGAGGAGACCUUUUGCUACUUGCAAGAAUCUAG